CUUGGGUUUGCGCAGGGUCUCCUGCCGCUGUUCCUCCGGGCGGUGGCGAGGCUGGCGGCGUGCGUCGCGAGCAGGCCGCCGGCGGCGGUUGCGGCGACCGUGCUGUACCACGGCGGGGCGCUGCCGAGGGACCCCCGGCUGGAGCGGCUGGUCUGCGACGGCAUGCUCGACGGCGGCGGCGGCGACAGCCGCAUCCUGCAUUUCGUCGUCGGCGUCAUGAGGUCCCUGGGCUAGCUGCGAGACGUGCCUAGCAUGCUUUCUUCCGUCAGGAGAAUCCACGGAGUUCGCCGGCAUCAGAUUCCUAUAUGGUAGCAGUAGUUUAGCUCGGUACUGACCCAGCUAAUUUGAAGGUCUCUCAAGAGAACGUGCGUACGUAGAUUAUUAUUAGGCCAGGAAGUCGGUCGGCGUCGGCGUCGGCGUCGGCGCCGUUUAUUGCGCCGACGGCCACAUGCUCGCUCGGUCUUUCCUGCGAGAAACAACCAAAAAAUGCUUCAACUCA